AUGGUAGACGGUGGAUCUCAAUGCCAUGGCCUAAGUUACUUAGAGUCAUUUUUGCAGAAUUUUCACAUUUCCUUAGCCGAUACAUCACAAACCUCUGCAUCACAAGUAUUUAUUUCCACCGAUGGAGUUAUUAAUUCCAGGGCUAGAAUCUUGGGUGGAGGUACCUGCAUCAAUGCAGGAUUUUACACCAGAGCAAGCGCAAGUUACAUUAAAAGAGUAGGGUGGGAUGCAAAACUGGUGAAUGAAUCAUAUCCAUGGGUUGAGAGGCAAAUUGUGCAUAGGCCAGAGCUUGUGCCGUGGCAAAGAGCAUUUAGGGACAGCCUUAUAGAAGUUGGAAUCUCACCUUUCAAUGGAUUCACCUAUGAUCAUCUAUAUGGAACCAAAAUUGGUGGAACUAUUUUUGACAGGUUCGGUCGGCGUCACACCGCCGCUGAGCUCCUUGCCUCGGCAAAUCCCGAUAAUCUCCAUGUUUUAGUACACGCAACAGUCCAAAAGAUUGUGUUUGACAAAACAAGUAAAAGACCUCGGGCAGUUGGAGUCAUUUUCAAAGACGAAAACGGGAAGCAAAACAAAGCAUUUCUUUCGAAGAGGCCAAGGAGUGAAAUUAUCGUGUCAUCGGGAGCACUUGGGAGCCCUCAACUGCUGCUGCUUAGUGGGAUCGGUCCAAAGGCAGAUCUUGAAAAAUUGAACAUAUCUGUGGUUCUUGACAAUGAAUUUGUUGGAAAGGGCAUGGCUGACAACCCGCUCAACACAAUCUAUAUCCCAACAAAUAGGAAUAUCAAACAGUCUUUAAUACAAGUUGUAGGAAUUACCAAGUUGGGAGUGUACAUUGAAGCUAGCAGUGGAUUUGGACAGUCCAUGGAUAGCAUUCAUUGGAACAAUGGAAUUGUUUCUGCAGAGAUAGGGCAGCUAUCUACCAUUCCUCCAAAGCAAAGAUCACAUGAAGCAAUUCAAGAAUACAUAAAAAGAAAAAGAAACAUCCCACACGAGACAUUUAUGGGAGGAUUCAUCCUAGAAAAGAUUGCAUGGCCCCUGUCAGCUGGUCAACUCAGCUUGCUCAACACAAAUGUAGACGAUAACCCGUCGGUCACCUUCAACUACUUCAACCACCCGUACGAUUUAGCACGAUGUGUGGACGGUAUACGCAUAAUUGAGAAGAUUUUGAAGUCUAAACACUUCAUAAACUACACGAAGUGUGACAAGGAGACGAUCGAAAAGAUACUAAACAUGAGUGUUCAUGCCAAUGUUAAUCUUAUUCCUAAGCAUACCAAUGACACAAAAUCCCUAGAGCAGUUUUGUAAAGACACUGUUAUCACAAUUUGGCACUACCAUGGAGGGUGCCAUGUGGGCAAGGUGGUGAGCCCUGAUCAUAAGGUAUUCGGGGUUGAAAGACUUCGUGUUAUUGAUGGCUCGACAUUUGCUAGCCCCCCCGGCACCAAUCCGCAAGCCACGGUGAUGAUGAUGGGCCGGUACAUGGGAGUGAAGAUAUUGAGAGAGAGAUUAGGGAAAGCAGCUGGAGUAUAAAGUCUAACACCAAGUAGAGAAGUAGAAAAUGUUCAAUUUAUUGUGUUUGGUUAUCAGAAAAUGUAAUUUUUGUGAUUCUUAUUUAUUAUAUGUAGAGAGAUUAGGCAGGGUUUGGCAUUUAAGAAGUAAGCUAUGUGGUAUUUAAUGUAUAGUCUCAUCCUAGACUUAUGUUUCGUUUGCAAUGCUGUCUUGAUGUAUAUUUUUUAAGACUCUACAUAGUGAAUCUACUAUUGGAUGGACUGAUUUAUUAGGCUAAUUUGCAUUUCUCUUGACAUUAAA